GUUGCCCUUGCCUUCACGUUUCCCAACCCUUGGGACAUUUCCUUUUCCUUUGCUUCCCUCGUUUCACUACUCUCUCAACAUGGCAUCGACAUCAGCUGCUGCUGCCUCCUCGUCCGCGCCCGUCGCUCACGGCGAGAUGACCAGCCGCGACUACUAGUGCUGCCGACUCGUACAGCCACUAUGGCAUCCACGAGGAGAUGCUCAAGGACGAGGUACGAACCCUCUCAUAUCGCAACGCCAUCAUCAACAACCCGCACCUCUUCAAGGGCAAGACGGUCCUUGACGUUGGGUGCGGCACAGGUAUUCUCUGCAUGUUCGCGGCCAAGGCCGGCGCGAAGAGGGUCAUCGGUGUGGACAUGAGCAACAUCAUCGACCAGGCAAAGGUCAUCGUUGAGAAGAACGGCUUUGGAGAUGUCAUUCAUCUCGUCAAGGGCAAGCUCGAGGACGUUGACCUCGGCCUUGGUCCGGACGGCAAGGUCGAUGUCAUCAUCUCCGAGUGGAUGGGCUACUUUUUGCUCUAUGAGAGCAUGCUUGACACUGUCCUCGACGCACGAGACAAGUACCUUGCCCCCGGCGGUAUCCUCAUGCCGGACACUGCUACCCUCUACCUCUCGGCCGUCGAGGACCAAGAGUACAAGGACGAGAAGAUCGGCUUCUGGGACGACGUGUAUGGCUUCGACUACUCGUGCAUCAAGGACAUUGCCCUCAAGGAGCCCCUCGUAGACACCGUCGAGCUCAAGGCCGUCGUGUGCGACCCCGCCAAGGUCUUGCAUCUCGACCUGGCCACCUGCACCAAGGCCGACCUGACCUUCAACAACAACUUCACCAUGCGCGCCAGCCGAAAUGACUACGUGCACGCUUUCCUGGGAUGGUUUGACAUUGGUUUCGAGAAGUGUCACAAGCCCGUACGCUUCUCCACAGGCCCUCACUCCCGUUAUACCCACUGGAAGUCGACCGUCUUCUACAUUCCGGGUGCGCUCAUGCUCUCGCAGGGUCAGGAGAUCAAGGGUAGCCUCAAGGUCGCGCCGAAUGAGCGCAACCACCGCGACUUGGACAUCUCGAUCAAGUGGCAGGUCGAUGGACAGGGUGAAGAGGGUACUGGACAGAUGGACUACAAGAUGUCGUAAUCGCUGCUUCUCAAUUUGCAGGUACUAGAUGUUCAGGGCCAAGGAUGUAGGACAGGAUGCUGAAGGCUGGAAGGUCAACAUGUACUGCCAUCACCACCACCACCCUCACCACUACCACCCACGUCAGCCUCUCAGGCGCUGCCUUCAAAAGGACGGUCU